GGAGGCGGACCACCCUUUCGAACUCUAUCCAUGCCCAACGGCCGAGACGAAGCGGAAGGCCAGCUCACUCCUCCGCCGCGGCGCCAUGGCCUCCGUCGCCUCGUCCUCCUCCUGCUCCUGCUCCACCGUCUUCGCCUCCUCCUCCAAGCCCUUCCGAACAAGGACGCCUCUCCCGUCCCUGUCUCGCCGUCCGCCGCCGCGCCGCGCCAGUCUGCCGCUGCCCGGCCACUCGGUGUUGAGGUGCCUCCCGAAAUGCGACUCUGGGAAGAAGCCGCCGCCUGUUGGAGGAGGCACUGGGUUGUCGGGUCGGAAGGCGGCUGAGCCGGCCGCGCUGGGCGGGUUCAGGGCCGCGUCGUGCGGACUCGCGUUCGCGACGGUUGCCGGGAUGCUCAUGCUCCAGGGGUCGCAGCAGGCGCUGGCUGCCGCGCAGUUCGCGGGCCUGCAGCCAGCGGACGUGCUGGGGGAUUUCGGCGACAUCAGUACAGGCUUUGCUUCAGCUUUCCUGUUGAUCUUCUUUUCUGAGCUAGGGGACAGAACGUUUUUCAUUGCGGCACUUUUAGCAGCUAGAAGUUCUGGAGGAGUCAUUUUUCUUGGCACAUUUGGAGCUCUUGCGGUAAUGACCGUUGUAUCUGUAGUUCUUGGUCGAGCAUUUCACUAUGUUGAUGGCAUCAUUCCAUUUAGCUUUGGUGGUACUGAUUUCCCAGUUGAUGACAUCGCUGCUGCUUGUCUCUUGGUAUAUUAUGGGGUUACUACAUUACUUGAUGCAGCUUCAGGUGAUGAUGAAAAGAUCAAUGAGGAGCAAGAGGAGGCUGAGCUAGCAGUAUCUAAAUUCUCUGGAAAUGGUGCGGGAGUCAUGUCUACUGCCAGUACUGUUGCUACCACAUUUGUUUUGGUUUUUGUUGCUGAAUGGGGUGAUAAAUCAUUUUUCUCUACAAUUGCACUUGCUGCUGCUUCAUCCCCUCUGGGUGUCAUCGCAGGAUCGCUUGCUGGCCAUGCCCUUGCAACAUUGAUUGCAGUUCUCGGUGGCUCUUUGUUGGGAACAUUCCUGUCUGAAAAGAUUAUAGCAUACAUUGGAGGGAGCCUCUUUUUAGCUUUUGCUGCCAUUACUAUAGUUGAGAUUGUGACUUGAGGAGUUCCAGGAUUCAUCAACAAAGUACCGAAAGGUGUAUAGUGACAGUCUGCUGCUAUCUUGAGUCUGCUGUUUUUUUCAAGGAUAGAAAAUCAGCUUAUCUAAUUGUAAUGAUAGCAGGGGCGGUCCUACUAUGGGACAAGAGUGUACAAAUGUACACCCAGUAAUUUUUGUAAUAUAUAUAUUAAUAGUUGAAUCAUAUUAUGUGUAUUCGAAUCCAAACAGCCUUCAUCCAUCCCUCCCCCUCUCGUGUUGGGCUAGGCCUGGCCUAGGUGGAGACGAGUGGGAAGAGGCAGGUGUGAAUCAGUUGACUCUUAGACUCA